UUUGACACCCCUAAUCAGUCGGCUCAGCAUCAGAAACCACGCGACGCGAGAAAAGUAUCGUCCGUUUGUGGAUUUCGCUGCUAAAAUUUCAUAAUCCUGAGAUUUUUUGUUGUUGGUGGAAGUGUCUUGAUUAUUCCAAAAGCAGGAAUAAUAGCUUUUCCAAAGAUGGGUAAAGCAAAUUCACCACCGCCGGCCAACGCCAACGAAAUAAGGUGCACUGACGAUGAUGGACACGUAUCGACCGGAGCACAGGAUCCCAGUCAUCCGGUUCCGACGAAAGGCGCCGCUUUGCCAAUUGAGGAAGCUCUGAAGGUCGCGUUGAUCGGUAAGAGCAACACGACGAAAAUGCCGGUUUCGCUUCUGUAUGAGCUGCUCGGCAGACAGGGAGUUAUACCGCACUACGAAUUGCUUCCGAUCCAGGGAGGAGGUUCCCACUCGCCUACCUUCCGGUACCGUGUAUCCUGCCCGGAUGGCGAUGCCAUCGGAUGGGGCCAAUCUAAGAAGGAAGCGAAGCAUGCUGCCGCCAGGAUUCUGAUGGACAAGCUGGGACUCAAUUGUACUGCAAGCAGAAAAGUACUCGGCAGAAAAACGCCGAUCUCGGUUCUGCAGGAGGUGUUGUGUCGCAGAGAACUCCGCCCCCAGUACGAUUUCAUACAAUGCGAAAAAAAUGGUUACAAGAAAACGUUUCACUAUCGGGUAUGGUACGAGGACAAGGAAGGUAAGGCGGAAGUGUUUGAAGCCGUGGGAAUAGGUAAAUCCAAAAAAGACGCGAAGCAAGCUGCUGCCAAGGCACUGAUCGACAAGCUGGCAGGUUAUGCCUUCUGGGACACCCACGCAUAUGACUCCAACUCACGGAAUGGCACAACGGAUGAGAAUGUCGGAUCGCCCAGAGACGAUACCAACACAGACGACGAUGGAACGUGCUUGGACGAAAAUACGGAACCAGAGAGGGGAGCUAAACGGCAGAGCGAACAGACCCUGGCCGAUAUUUUCGAGCCGCAAUGGAAGCGGAGAUCCACAGAAAAGGGAUUGGCGAUGUCAAAAAAUGCCACCAUAUGAAUCGUAAGUCGUUCUAUGAUCGGGAAUCUGUGAUUCCCACUGACAUUCUUCGAUACUGAACUUUGUAACUUCUAGUUUUUCUUCGAAAUGUGGCUUCGAUUCAUGUUCUGUUACAUAGAAAGACAUUUAUGUUGCUUUCUGCUAAAAGGGAUGAAGUGAAUUGUUUUUCCCGAUUAAGAAUUUCGCGUUUGAAAUUAAACAUUAUGUAAAUCUA